AUGUCCCUUCAAACUGACAUGCAGGGCCUCAUCGCCGAAAAAAUGGCACGGCUGGAAGCUCAACUGGAAGUCGAACGACAAAAGUCCAGGAUCAAGGAUCUGGAGCAGAAAGUCCACACACUCGAGGUGGAGAAAGGACUGUCUGCCCAAAAGGCUGACGACCAGGCUCUUCGUCCCGCAGUGACCACAGGCAUUCCGGAUUUCAUCUUGCGAGACAAGAUUGACAGGCUGGAGACCCAGCUUGAGGCAAAGAAUACAAAGAUUGCGCAGCAAGAAGAAGAAGUUUCUGCCUUGCUUGAAAAGGUAAGAACAUAUCGUGAGGUACUCAGAGAGGCGACUACACUUUUCGGGUCAAAGCUCGAUGAAGAUGACGACGACAUUUCAAGAGAGGAUGCAGCUUUCCAGGGCGAGAACGGCGAAUCGAUGGCCGGAGCCGCUGCCGAGGAGCAUGAGUCAAAACUGCUAAAGCCCGGGCUGUCAAGUAUUGAUACCAACAAGUCUACCGAGACUCCUCCAGUCUCACCACCCAAAGGAUCCCAAGGCGACAGUCGAGCUCCGUUUCAUACGCCCUCAUCACAGUUGACACCGGCGAAGUUCGAAGACGAUAGCGCUUCUAAACCAGCAGUACCUGCGCAGACGAACUAUGCUCAGGUAUUGCAAACGCCACGCGGAGGGCCGUCACGUCGAAGGGCGAUGGUAAACCAGAUAACAAUGCCACGUUCACUUAUCACGCACACCGAGGUUUCGGCAAAAAAGGAAACAGAAAAACAAGUUUCUCCUGAAGCACAUAGACAACAGAGGUCUCAGGGACCAGACAGAGUUCCUGGGCGUGGAGACCAGAGGGGGCAUGGAGAUCAGAGAGGGCGUGGAGGCCAGGGAGGACGUGGAGGCCUGACACCAAACCAGGGUUUGAAAAUGCAAGAUCCCUCCCCAAAGAGGCAACCCGCUGAUUAUCCAAGAUAUGCAGGACCAGAAUCAACUCAAGUGAGCGUGCCUGCCAAUCCUGAGAUGCGCGGAGAGUUGGAAGUCACGCAUGGUACAGAGGUCGUGAAUCAGCCUCAUGUUGACGCUCCAGUCGCAACCUCUAAAAUCCAGAUCGGGCAAGAGAUUCUUGUUGAGGACAAAAAAACUUCGAACCGCCUGAGGGGCGAAGCUGCUCUUUUUAUUCCCAACCCCAUGCCAGUCGUGGUCUUUGAUAAACCUGCGGUCUCUGAUGAACCAGCGGAGUUGACUGCUAAACAGAUUGCUGCCUACACAAAUUUUGGCUACCGUCUUCCAUCAGCUCAGAAUACUACCAAAGCUGAUUCCAAAACUGUCAUUCCCCCGGUUCCAGCGACGGCCCAACCCAUAUCGAAAAUCAUUGAACGUGACUCUCGAUCGGCCCUACAAAGUCUCAGGCCAUCGAACCCGCCAGCGCAACAGCUCGAGACCAGGGACUUUGGCCUCAACAACGCAGAUAGUAUGCCAGCGGGCGGUCUCGAGAGUAGUAUUCCUCAUGUGCCAAUCACACAAGAAAGCAUAGCCACCUUCCUGAAACCAGGAGCGGCAUUGGAUGAGGUGGAGAAGCGAAGGAAGAGUUCGCGACAGGGCAACUCAAGGACAUUCACGAGAGAGCCAAACCCCUCUGCAGCUCUAUCGCAAGACCUUCGCAAGCGAACAGUAUCUUUCGACGAAGCGGAGGAGUCUUCAAAGCGUCGGCGUGUGGGGCCACCUUCCCCAAGUCAACCGGUUAGGGGGCCAGCCAUUGCAGCAUCCACAGGUGUGCCGGAGAGCAAGACUGAAAAACCCGACGUUGCGACGGAAGGAAACCCUUCUGCUUCAGCACUUGUCGACCCAGAAGCUCCCGUCCUGUCCCUGCAAAGCCCAUUCCGCUGGGCUGAUAUUCGAAACCCCAGGAAUUUGUUCUUGUGCAUCGUCCAAGCUAACAACUCCUCGCUGAUAGGCAGCUUCGCCAAAGACACGAAAGAAUGGGCUUUCAAGCUUGGGUUGGAUGCAGGACGCCGGCGGAUUCCCACUAUGAACAUGCGAUUUUUCUCUAACGGAAUAGAAGGGCCGGGGUACAGCCAAACCGGAUGGUGUCUAGGCGACUACAUCGAAGGUGACUGGAUGGUCACCGACUUCAAAGUCCAUCGCGUAGCUGACUAUCCUGAAAAUGGGGAGAUCUGCCACCCCAAUGUUCUAGCGGCAUGUAAUACUGAUGAAGAGAAGGCUCGCUUGAUCUGCAUCAGCCUGGAGGCAUGGCCAAAGAUCCUAGGGCACUUCGACCCCAAGGACCGACCCAAGAUCCCGAAGCCAGACGUCAAGAAGCUUUUUGGUGCCGUGUUCACAGGUCGGCACCCCUAUGAGUUGCGCAUUUGGUUUCGUGCUCCUUAUGACUUGGAAAGAUUCGAGAAGCAAUGCCUCUCAUUCUUCACACGAUACUUUGAGCAGCGAAGGCCACCUCAUGAAGAUCUUUACGACGCCGAUGACGUCUGCUUCGAAGAUCACCUGAAGGCUCAAGAGGAAGCUUCUUCUACUUGA